UACAGCGUAAUUUGGAGAUUAUGCAGCGCAACCAAGGGCGCAUGUGUCGCAACGCAGAUCGCCACGCAGCAUGGUAUCUCUGGAAAAGACUGGUGAUUUGGCCUUAAAAGCGAAAGCGUUGGAGGCCAUAGAAUUGCUGGAGGAGAUACCACCACCGCCAACCACUGAUCUGCCGUUGCCACCAUCGACUGAUGUUCUAGUGCAACCACCGUCUCACAAGUCUGCUACCGUCGCUGCUGCUACGAGGCCGGGCCUAAUGGAGGAGCUAACCCUAGCUUUGGUUCCUCGUCUCAUUGAGAAGGAGGACGACAAGGCGAUGUCUCUAGUUGCUGCUGUUGUGGCGAGGCCUGCCGAUGUUGGGGAAGGGGUGAAUCCUACUGCAACGUCGCCAUUAACGUCAAAAUUGCGAGCUGGUGUCGCGGUCAAGAAGCUCUUUGCUUCCAAGCCACGGAAGUCAUUGAUAAAUUUGCAGGUAACACCACCUGUCGCGGUCGAUGAUGCAUGUACUGCUGCUGUUGGUACAAGUCUGUUGGGUCUGCUUCAGCCCAAUUGGAAAUCGAGGAAGAAGCUUAAGGAGGAUGGUGUCAAAAACCACGACGUCAUGGGAAGCCCAGGCAUGGUUCGCGGCUGUAUCGGGCCGAGUAUGGGAGGACUGGUCGGCAGGCUGUUGUAUGGAUUUGAUCUGGAGACUUCCUGUAAUGGUGAUCUUUCUGUGGAGUUGGCAAAUUGUGCUAGCCCUAUAAUCGUGGCUCAAGCAAGGGAGCACGGGAGGGAGAUUCAAGCUGCCGAGACGAGAGCGAGUGAAGCUGAUGGAAGGGUUAUUUACACAAAGAGAAUUCGUUGUGUAUGGGUAUGAUGAGUUUAGUAAACGGACUUGGGAUUUUGGCUCCUAUGUACGGUGAACCACGAGGAAGACGCAGAGGUCGGGCUUCUACGUUGGAGUUAGGCUUGCAUGGUAAUAUUUUUCAAGUCUUCUUCAUGGCUGGGAGUUGUGCGAAGGUGUUGGAGGGUGAGCGUGGCAUGGGUGGAAUAAUGUAUGGACUGCAUG